UUAUCUCGGCUCCAGCCACGGUCACACUGAAAACAAAAAUGCAAGAUGCAGGCCCAUAUUCGAAUUGGAAAACCACUUUGAUCGCGAAUUAGAAACUGAUUAGGAGCCGCACGUGGCUAAAAAAUAUCCGAUCGGCAGUGCGCUAGGACUGCGACCGAAUUCGACCAGCAGGAGCAGGAGUAGUCGCGCGAACCAGCGCCAUGAAGCGCCGCUCGCGCUGUAACUCGGACACUUUUAAGGAGGAGCAGAUGGACCACAACGGUGACGACAUCAGCCUGCUGCAGCGCCCACUGCGCACCGCCCACACGGGAUUCGAGGAAGCGCGCCGGGCCUACGAGGAUGGCACCAGCGAGGUGCGUCAACUGCUCAGCCUGGAGUGCAGCCUGAUCUACGAGUGCAAGGUGUGCCGGAACAUGUUCCGCAGCCUGGCCAAUUUCAUCAGCCACAAGCGCGUCUUUUGCUGCGUCAGCGCUCGUUCCGCCAACGGCAGUGGAUACACAGAUCAGAACUCCACGAUGAUCAUACAAACAGGUGCCGGUCGGUCGCCGCAGGACAUUGAGCACAUGCUGCGCAGCAGGAGCACGGGCUGCUCGCCAGUUCCUCACGAAGUGCGGCCCAUGCGAGGAGGCGGCGGAAUGCGCGACCUGAGUGGCGUCAUCGAGCGCCUGCGUCGGGAAAAGGCACCAUCGCAGGCCAGGCGGAGCUCCCCCACUGUUCUCCAGCUGGAGUCUAUGCCCACCUCCAGUCAGGCCGUCUACCAGACCAUCAAGGUGGACCAGAAGGACAGCAUACGGACAGAGCUGGACGAGGUGCACCGCAUGCUCAAUCCUUCUGAGACCAUUGUAGGGCCCGACGGCAAAGCCCUGACCACCGUCAAGUUAGAACGCCACGGAGGCAGCGAUUCCGGCGAAAACGGCGAGCAGUCCAUCAGCGACGAAACGGAGACGAGCAUCUUCUGCGAAAUCUGCAACCUGACUUUUCAGACGCACAAAACCCUAGAGCUGCACAUUCAGAAGCAUCACUCGUCGUCGGCGUUUGUGUUUCAGUGUCCAGCCUGUUCGUUGACCUUUUUGCAGGCCGCUGCAGUUAUUCGUCAUUUGUCCAAGGACCACAAAAAACCUACACGUCGCAUUCGCAUGAUGCGGAACACUAUCCUGAAGCGCCGCGUGCAGCAGGGAGAUAUUCAGCCCAAGGGACCCUGCCGUGAGCUGAAGCGCCUGCAGCUCUCCGACGACGUGGUGGGAUAUGUCCCGGAGCCCCUGGAUGCCAGCGGUGAGCAACGUAAGAUCAUGUCUUUGUGUAUCUAUUGCGAAAAAUCCUUCGAGCGUCGCGCUGCUCUGUCAACACACCUGCUCAACUGUCGGGCGAAACAAGAGGCGCUGGCCAAGCCGGCUCCGUCGGUCAAAAAACCUAAGGUCAAGAGCAAUGAGUCCAGUCUGGAUGCGGCUGACGAGGAUCCAACUUCCUCCAUAGAUCUGCCGAAAGAUGAGCCCAUUAAAAAGGAGGAAAUUACUCUCAACGAUAUGUUUGCUGACCUACCGGAGCCAAACGAUUCAUUUUCCCCCGGACUGCACACAGUUUCGUUGGACCCUAAUUUGGCCAAUGAAAGCGACUCUGCCAGCGAUGAAGCCUCUAACACCGACGAAGAGCAUGAGCUUGGACCGGAAGCGGGUCCUGAAUCCACCAUGGAUCCGGAAGAUGUCAAGGGCAAGGCCAAGAAGAAGCGCAACGUCCCAGCGGAGAAGCAGCUGCGUUGCCGCUGCAAGAUCUGCCACAAGCAGUUCAAUGCCCUUGGAAACCUGCGUCGUCACAUAUCCAUGUUCCACUACCGCGCCCGCCGCUUCGGCUGCAAUCUGUGCGAGUAUCGCGCCUUCAGGCGCUACGAUAUCGUAAAUCACUUGGGUUUCACCCACAAGAUAGAAGGAGACCGAGACCAGCUGACGGAGCAGUAUGUGUCCACCCAUGAGUGCGAAUACUCCCGCGACGAUGUGGACGGGGAUAUCAUUUUGCUGGACAAGGAGGAGGAGGUGGCAACGACGGAAAAGGAGACCAAGCCUCCUAUUAAGACGUAUGAAAGGCGCUUGAAGCGUGUCAAAACCAUAACAGAAUCUGUGGGAGAAGCGAGACCCAUAUCACCGACAGCCGUGAUAAAGGAGGAACCCGGCCAGGAGCCGGUGGAAUCCACUCCAACGCCCAGCAAGAAGCGUCGCAAGUCACGCAUUCAAAUCUCACCCGAAUCCGGCGAGCAUUCCCAGGAGAAGCGCCCCAUCCGCAAACGGGUUAAGGCGGUCAACAAGGACUUUGUCUACGAUAUGGUCAGUUUUAAGCCAGAUGGAUCGGGACAGCCAGCACCAGCUGCGCUGGCCGUGGAGUCCAUGCGGGCCAAGCUGCGUCGCCAGCCGACGGGAAGCCACGACGAAACCAAGCCGAAACAGUGGGAGGCCUACAUAACGGAGGCCAAGAAGCCUCUGAUUUCGGGUAUCACACAACGCAUUAUGUUGGAACUGGUGAGUCAGGGGCUGGCGGUGUCCGCCACUCUGCCGGAAUUGCCCUCAGAGCGACCGCAGAUACGACCGCGCCUAAUUUCGCACACACGCAGCGAGGGCGGCCAGCAGCAGCAGAAUGUGGUGGAGACCUCCUUGAAUCCUGCUCCCGAAACCGAGAGCUUCAUAGAAAAGAUUGCGAAGCGCACGGCAGCAGCUGGCAAGGAUGCCGCUGUUAUCAGCAACCUGUGGAACAAGGUCAACACUGCGAUUUCCCAGCAGCAGCAGCUCAAGAUGGAGCAGCAGCUCAAACAGGAGCAGGAGCCAGAGCAGGAGCAGGAGCUAAAGCAAGAAAGCCAGCCAAAGGAGAGACCGAGAAGCCCCCUCCCUACGCCACCCUCGCCGCCCAGCAAAUGCCACGCCCAUGCCCCCGUGCCCGAAACUCUGGCAACCACUGGCAUGGAAUGCCUGGGCGGCAAGAGCAGUCAAGCGGGAGCACCGACAAUGUUUCCGGCCUUGCCCAAGCCGCCAUCCGUUCUGCAGGCAGCCGCCAAUGGGACCAUCCAGCUCACCCUGGACAGUCUGCUCCGAGCCGCGCUGCAGAACUAAACGGAACCGGAAAUGGAAAUGGAGGCCACCACCACCGUCGCUACUCUUACAACGCUCGUUGUACUCCUACUGGAUUUUUGCCCAAAGUUUCGGCUGGUCGCUGUUCCAUGACCCCUUUUGAA